UUUCGUAUUUACUGGAAGCUGGAGCUGAUGCGUUCUUGCCAAAUAAGAAGAAGGACGUUGUUGCCGAUUACCUUUUGAAUAAUUCGCCUGAAUUGUUCAAAUUGGUCAUGGACUCAUGCAUUACUUUCAGUGACGCGGGAUUGGAGGAUCCUAAUUUGGAAAUGAAAAUGGAUUUCGGAAUCCUGAUUCAAGACGGAGGCAAAGAUACUGAGCUGUUGAAGAGAAUUGCGGAGAUGAAAGACUUCGAGGCUCUCAUUCGCCAUCCCUUGGUGAUGGCCUACAUUUACCUCCAAUGGCACAUUUUCAAAAACUUGCGAAUUUUCAUGGUUUGUGCCAUGUCUGCAGUUUUCUUGGGUCUGCUAAUCUGGCUUGGCUGCAUGAUGACACCGGAUACAAUGGACUCA